AUGGUGUUUGCCCGUGCACUGCUAGAGUCUAUGGGUUUGCAGGUCAUUUUCCCUGAGUACCUGCAGGAGAAGUUUGUCCAGUCGGCACUCAGCUACAUCAUGUGCAACGGAGAGGGAGAGUACAUCUGCCAGAACAGUCAGUGCAUUUGUCAGUGUGCCGAUGAGUUCCCACAAUGCAACUGUCCCACCACUGACCUCCAGAUCAUGGAGAACACGCUCAUCGGCAUGGCGGAGACUUGGGAAGCAUCUUACAGCGACUUUGAGAACUCAGAUGAGUUUAAGUCGUUUCUGAAACGUCUGCCCGCCACACACUUUCUGCCGGUGAGCAGCGUGCACCUGCUGUGGGGCAGCGACUGGGACCUUCAGAACCGCUAUCGGCUCUUGCAGAGUUCACUGGAGGCCCAGAGACUGAAGAUCCAGCGCACGGCCCGGAAACUCUUCGGUCUGAGCAUUCGCUGCCACCACAACCCCAACCACCAGAUGCCCAGAGAGAGAUCGGUGCUACAGUGGCUGAACCGUGUGCAGUCAUUCCUCUACUGCAACGAGAACGGCUUCUGGGGAGCCUUCCUGGAGAGCCAGCGCAUGUGCGUGUGCCACACGGGGGCCACCCUUUGCCAGCGGCCCAUCCCUUGCGUGAUCGGCGGCAACAACAGUUGUGCCAUGUGCAGCCUGGCCAACAUCUCACAAUGCGGCUCCUGCAACAAGGGCUACAAGCUGUACCGCGGACGCUGCGAGCCGCAGAACGUGGACUCGGAGCGCAGUGAGCAGUUCAUCAGCUUCGAGACAGACCUGGACUUCCAGGACCUGGAGCUCAAGUACCUGCUGCAGAAGAUGGACUCACGGCUGCACAUCCACACAACCUUCAUCAGCAAUGAGGUGCGCCUGGAGACCUUCUUCGACCCACGGUGGCGCAAGCGGAUGUCGCUGACGCUCAAGAGCAACAAGAACCGCAUGGACUACCUGCACAUGAUCGUAGGCCUGUGA